UGUGCGCCGCUCUUGGCUCCUCCCAUAGCUGCCCUAUGCUCACAUUUACACACACGGCCUUAUGAUAAUUAUGGUUGAAAUGGAAAAAGAAAAGAAGACGUGGAAGAAGGGUGAGAAAAAGCGAAAACAUGCUGGUGAAAAUUCGGAUGGAGGGCUAAAGAAGAGGAAAGAAGGGGAUGAUGGAGAAAUCAAAGGGAGAGCAGAAGGAAGUAAGAACCGCCUGGAUCCAACGAAUGUGGGCUACUUUCGCAGAGUGGACGACAGACUGAAGGAGGCCUUUGAAGAUGAUGAAAUGAAGGAGAUGUUUGUGGAGAAUGUACUUUCUGAAGUCAAAGGAAAAGCUGUUCUCGUGGCCUUGGACCGCACUGCCAGUAUCACUCUACAGCAUCUGCUCCCUCUCUGUGGGCUGGAUCAGGUGGCUGAUGUGCUGAAAGAAAUGGCUGGAGAAACAGGAUCAGACCUCAAGACUGUUGCUUGCAGUCAAUGUGGCAGCCAUGUAGUGGAAAGUGCAAUUCGACAGAUGUCUCGAUGGUCAGAGUCUGCACAAACAGAAGCAGAGGAUGAUAGCAGUGGUCCUCUGGAGACACAGGUGUUAUGUCUCAGUCGUAUGGUUCGAGAGCACAGUGCUGAGUUUAUUAAACAUGUUCACGGCACACAUGUCGUCCGCACACUUCUCCAUGUGAUGGCUGGCUGCAUUGGACCUCCCCGAACUACAGCUCAACCAGCUGCCAAAGAUCGUCAUGUGACACCACAGCUAACAGAUUUUGACAUACCUACUUCUUUUUGGUAUGAACUGAAGGAGCUCACAGAAAGUCUAAUGGCCAGUGUUAACCUGAGUGUGACAGACUCGGUUGCCAGUGCUGUAUUUCAGACAAUGUUGUCAGUAUGUCACCGAAAACGGCCCAAACUUUGUAAACAGCUCCUAAAACGCAUCAUGGCAUACUUGACAAGUUGCAGCUCUGCACCAGGAGUCAGUCCUCUCCUAGUUUUUCUAAAAGACCAAGCCGCCAGUCGCCUUAUUGAAAAAGUUAUACAGCUAUCGCAUAAAGCAUUGUUGCGAGACAUCUUUAAAAAUCACCUCAGAGGACAUCUUGUUGACCUCGCCCUCCAUCCCAUCGCUAACUUUGUCAUUCAGAGACUCACAGGAGCUAUAGCAAAUUACAAAAUGUUCCUAAAGCUGUUUGAUGAGCUGUUGGAGGGAGUAGAAGCUAUCCUGGCUGCUGGUCACAUGGGCGUGAUUGUUCAAAUGGCCGAGAGCUGUGCAGAGAGUGGAGAGAAGCAGGAGGAACUGUUGCGCUGUCUCCUGAGUGCGUUCCACUGUGCAGAGCCGGGCUCCCGACACACCAGCUGCCUCCCACUCUUCCUUUCACUGCUCACUUAUGAAGUGUACUACCAGUCAGACACAGCAGAGGGCGGCAUUGACACACAGGUCCCACUAAAAUCCUCUGUGAUCUGUUAUCAUGGGUCCCGACUGGUCCAGGCCCUGUCGAAAUUCAAGGAACGCUCUCUCCUCCUCAGCAGCCUGCGAACGUUGAUCCCGGAUGACCUUUUGACCCUGGCCACUCACUCUGUGGGCAGCCACGUCCUUCAGGCACUUAUCACCACUUCCAGCGACAAAGGCCGGGGCAAGAUCCUUAAGAGACUCGAGGGUCAGUUUGUGCCAAUGGCCUGUUCCAGGUCAGGCAGUCGGGCUUUGGAGGCCAUAUGGAACAGCGCUUCUGUCACACACAGGCAAUGCAUAGCAGAAGAACUAGCUCCAAGUGAAAGCCAGCUGAGGUCUGAUCAGUUUGCUCGACACAUUUGGGCGAAGUUUGCCCUCUCCCAUUUCAUCCACCGAAGAGCUCAUUGGCAGGAAAUACAGACCGGAGAGUCCAAGAAGCGCAAAAUGUUCAGCGAUAUACUUGAAUAAAUGUACACUUGUACAAGAAUCC